UAUCGGACGGCAAUUGUGUGGCCAGGGAGGGGCUACCUGAGACUUGAUAUCUCUCUCUCUUUCUUCUUCUUCUUCUUCCUCUUCACAUCACUGUGUGCGCGUCUCUCUCUCUCUCCUCUCCUUCUCUCUCUCUCUAUUCUAUCUUUUCAAAUUUCUUCGCUAUCCUAAUUUCAAACUCGCCUCUUCUUCGAAAGAGUUGGAGAAUUUGGUUUCGGAAUCUGUAGAUUUUGAAAUCCUUGUUCGAAUCAAUCAAAUGGUGGAUCGAUUUAGUGAGAUUGCUUUGCCUCAUUAGCAAUGACUUCUGCUUCUUCCAUGUCCGUGUCUGUGGAAUGUGUGAACAUAUGUAAUCUAACCAAAGGAGACGGGAACGCAAGAAGUGAUUGCAAUGCUCUCUCCUGUGCUUGGAAAGCUCCAAGAGCCUUAACUGGGUUUCUAGCUACCACUGCUCAUCCACCUGUUUGUUCUUUGUAUUCAUGUGGCAGAAAUGGAAGAACGAGCCGAAUGAAAUCUUGCGCCUGGCAGAGGUAUGAAUGUGAAGUAGGCGUUUUUGAGGCUCCUUACUUUGUAAAUGUGAGAAAUAUCUUGAAGUCCAGAUUAUCUUGUGGAAGUCACAAAAGAUGGGAACUGUAUUGCGCAUCAGCUGAAUCUUCUGGUGCAUCCGAUGUUGUUACUGUCGAAACAUUGUGGGAGGACCUUUUCCCAUCAAUAUCUUACUUACCCUGUAAAGAAUUAGAAUUUGUUCAAAAGGGCCUUAAGUUAGCGUUUGAGGCACAUCAUGGUCAAAAGAGACGUAGUGGGGAACCAUUCAUUAUACAUCCAGUUGCAGUUGCUCGUAUCCUUGGGGAACUUGAAUUGGAUUGGGAGUCUAUUGUUGCUGGAUUACUCCAUGACACAGUUGAGGAUACAAAUUUCAUUACUUUUGAAAAGAUAGAAGAAGAGUUUGGUGCAACUGUGCGUCACAUUGUAGAAGGGGAGACCAAGGUGUCAAAACUGGGAAAGUUAAAGUGUAAAACGGAUAGUGAAUCAAUACAAGAUGUUAAAGCAGAUGAUUUGCGGCAGAUGUUUCUGGCAAUGACAGACGAGGUCCGCGUCAUUAUCGUCAAGCUAGCUGACCGGUUGCAUAAUAUGCGAACCCUCUGCCACAUGCCUCCUCAUAAGCAGUCCAGCAUUGCAGGGGAGACUUUGCAGGUCUUUGCUCCUCUAGCGAAAUUGCUUGGAAUGUAUUCCAUAAAGUCUGAAUUGGAAAACCUAUCUUUCAUGUACGUAAGUGCUGAGGAUUAUGAUAGAGUCACAAGCAGGAUUGCUAACCUCUACAAAGAGCAUGAAAAAGAACUCACUGAGGCAAACAGAAUUUUGGUGAAAAAGAUUGAAGAUGAUCAGUUUCUGGACCUUGUGACUGUGAAUACUGAUGUUCGAUCUGUUUGCAAGGAAACUUACAGCAUAUAUAAAGCUGCCCUUAAAUCGAAAGGAUCCAUUAAUGACUAUAACCAGAUUGCUCAGCAGUUACGGAUUGUUGUAAAGCCAAAACCCUCUGUGGGGGUCGGGCCUUUGUGCAGUCCACAACAGAUAUGUUAUCACGUUCUUGGGCUAGUCCAUGAAAUCUGGAAACCUAUUCCCCGAACUGUAAAAGAUUACAUUGCAACCCCAAAGCCUAAUGGCUACCAGAGCCUCCAUACUACUGUGAUUCCGUUCUUGUACGAGAGUAUGUUUCGACUGGAGGUUCAGAUCAGAACUGAGGAGAUGGAUUUGAUUGCUGAAAGGGGCAUUGCUGUUUACUAUAAUGGCAAGGCUCUUUCUGCUGGAUUAGUUCGAAAUGCAAUUCCUAUAGGUAGAAAUUCAAGGGGGAAGACGGGUUGCCUCAACAAUGCAGAUUUUGCACUCAGGGUUGGGUGGCUCAAUGCAAUAAGGGAAUGGCAAGAGGAGUUUGUGGGUAACAUGAGCUCUAGAGAAUUUGUAGAUACCAUUACAAGGGAUCUUUUAGGUAGCCGUGUGUUUGUAUUCACGCCUAAAGGAGAGAUAAAGAACCUCCCGAAAGGGGCCACCGUUGUUGACUAUGCUUAUCUGAUUCACACGGAAAUCGGAAACAAGAUGGUAGCAGCUAAGGUCAAUGGUAAUCUUGUUUCUCCAACGCACGUUCUUGAGAAUGCUGAGGUCGUGGAGAUUGUCACGUACAACGCCCUCUCAAGCAAAUCUGCUUUCCAAAGACAUAAACAGUGGUUGCAACAUGCCAAAACAAGGAGUGCGAGACACAAGAUUAUGAGGUUCCUAAGGGAGCAAGCUGCACAAUGUGCUGCCGAAAUUACCCAAGAUCAAGUCAAUGACUUUGUGGCAGACUCUGAUAGUGAUAUGGAAGAUCUCACAGAAGUUUCAAGAAAGAGCCUACAAUGGUGGGAGAAAAUCCUCGUUAAUGUCAAGCAAUUCCAGUCACAAGACAAAAGCAGAGAUACAUUACAAGAAAAAGUCAGAGAUACAACACCCGCUUCUCAAAAUGGAAACAUUUGGGUCCCAAAGGUGAACGGAAAACACAACAAAACAGUUAAAAAGUCGAGUUUAGAUGAGCCAGAGUUCCUCCUACCAGGAGAUGGAAUUGCCAAGAUUUUGCCUGCUAACAUUCCUGCUUAUAAAGAAGUGUUGCCCGGCUUAGACAGUUGGCGAGACAGUAAAAUUGCCUCAUGGCAUCAUCUCGAAGGUCACUCCAUCGAAUGGUUAUGUGUAGUAUCCAUGGAUCGCAAAGGCAUAAUUGCAGAAGUUACAACAGUCCUUGCAGCUGAAGGCAUCGCAGUAUGUUCUUGUGUGGCCGAGAUUGACAGAGGAAGAGGAUUAGCAGUAAUGUUGCUUCAAAUAGAAGCAAACAUUGAAAGUUUGGUUAGUGUUUGCGCUAAGGUGGAUCUAAUCUUGGGUGUGUUGGGAUGGUCGAGUGGUUGUAGCUGGCCAAAAUCAACAGAUAAUGCUCAAGUUCUUGAGUGUUAAAGCUAAAGGACUCAGGUUCUUGGCCGUGAAGUUUUGUCAUGUUCACUGGAAAAAUAAGCAAACUGAAGAAGAGAGUCUGGUUGCUCCAUGUAGAGGUAGAGAGCUCUUAUAAUAUUCUUGAAAAUAUAUCAUUUUGUUUUUGGGAAAAGAAAAAAAAAACAAGAAAAAGAGAGUCAAAUUCUUUUAGAUGUGUUAUGUUCAAUAAAUCAAGGUCAUUGUAUAUAAAGACCAAAAGAGUGGGAUGAACAUACAAUGUAAUAUGUAGAUACUCCUGUAAAACCUAUACUUGCACAUAGAAGAAGAAGAAGAAAACGGAUGCAUUUCCCAAAACGGUGUAUUACUAAUUUGUACGUAGUUUUUGUUUUCUUCUAA